AUGUUCCCAUUAGAUCAAAAAAAGUGUAUUAAAGACAAACAAAAAAGCACAAACCUAUUAUUAUCAAUUAAAAAUAGUUUGAAACCUAAUGAAUUGCACAAGCAUAAAAAACAAAUUGUUAAAUCCUCCAUUAAUUCAAAGCCACAGAAUAAUCAUUCUAGUACCAAUAAUAUUGAUGUAGUUCCUACUGAAGUCCAUGAUCUUCAAUCCACCAAUCCAAGAGCUCUAAAAAAACAAGAUUGCGAUAAAGAACUUGCUGAGCAAUGCAAUUAUUACAUAGACAACUUUGAAACUAGAAAGAAUUAUUCAUCGGAGAAUGGAUUUCAAGAUCCAGGCAGAUCUUUUACCUACAAUGAAAGUAAAAGUUCUGUAUUAAUACAAAAUUACGAUUACCUGGAUACUUGUAAUCAAAAGUUGAUCAUAGAUACCACACCUAGUAACAAUAAUGAUGAUGAUACUAGUGUCAGCAAUAUUAGUAGCAGAGGUCUUGAAAGUGAUAGUACAAGUAGUGCACUUGUUUCUGUAUUUAUCGAUCAGGAUUCUCAAUUACAAGAAUCCGCUGACGACAUAGCCACUUUGGUUUAUAGGUUAAAGUAUCCUAAAAAGUUUGAUAAAUCUUCCAAGAAAAGUAAAGAAUCAAAGUCAGAAAAAUUAUUAUUUUAUAUCAACGAUAUCGUCUCAAAGCUAUCUGAAAAAUUGAACAGUUUUCUUAUUUUAAGCUUUAUAUGGUUAACUGUCAAAUUUCCGGUAUUUAAUAGUGUUUUCAAGUAUGUAUCAGAUACGUUCUAA